UCCAAUGCUGCCAGAACUAUGAUGAAGAAGAAAAUGGAGAGGAUAGAAGCUCUUCAGACUAAUAUUAAAAUGGCAAAGGAGACUAGCUGCACCUCAGCCUCCUCAGGGACCAAGAAUUUGACUAGGAGAGAGUCCUCAAUGUGAGUCAAGAAGAAAAAGAAGAAGAAUCGAAAGGAUGAUGAAUCUGACUCAGAGUAUCCUGCUUUGAACCUUUUUACUGAGAAACAUUUCGCGCCAAAUGAUAACUUCCCUAAAUAUAUUCGGGACCAUAAACAUAAGAAGGGAAUUGUGUUCACAGCCCGGGUUCAUCCUGGAGAGUCCAACUCCUCAUUCAUCGCAGAAGGUUUGAUAGACUUCUUGUGAGGAAACUCGAAGGAAGCUAUUUUCUUGAGGAAUAACUAUGUGAUUAAGAUCAUUCCUAUGAUCAAUCCUGAUGGUGUCAUCUACGGGAACUACAGAUGCUCUCUACUGGGUGUUGAUCUGAACAGAAGAUGGAAUAAGCCGAGCAAAAUCCUGCACCCAACAAUUUACAAUGCUAAGCAGAUCAUAAAGAUGCUAGACAUCGACAGAUCAGUAGCGUUGUUCUGUGAUAUCCACGGUCAUUCACGGAAAUAAGAACGUGUUUAUGUACGGUUGCUGUAUUGACAACUUAGAGCAUAAUUCCUCGAAAGUGAAUGACACCAUUAAGUUGUUACCCUACAUGUUGAGCCAGAAGAACAAGAUCUUCAGCUUCAAGGAUUGCACGUUCGCAGUUGAGAAGGAGAAAGAAAAUACUGCAAGAAUUGCUCUGUUCAAAGAACUAGAAAUUAUUAACUGCUAUACUCUUGAAGCCAGCUUUUAUGGAAGUGAAUGUCUAGGCAAAAUCAUCAUGGAUACUGAAACUGAGUCUGAAACAUCUGAAGAGGAAAAGGAAAUCGACGAUAUAGAACCUGAAAUCAAGAUUCCUAAAGAACAAGAUAAUGACACUGAAUCCAGCAAGAAAGAGACUCAGAAAAGUGAGGAGGCUCAAAAGGAUUCCUCUGAUAACUCUCCAGGAAAGAAGAAGAGGAAAAAGGUGAUCGGUGACAUCCACUUAAGACCUCAGCAUUUGAAGAAAGUUGGAAUUGAUUUAUUGAAAACUUCCUACCUUUUCUUCAACGAAAAUAUCAAAAUUAGGAAACUUCAAAGCCUUCGAAGAAUCAGGAUGAAAUUCACCAGGGCUAAAUCUCUGAAUAAGGUGAAGCAAGAGAAAAAGCCAGAAAAAAAGCCUGAGCAGACAACAGAAGCAAUCAAGGCUAAUGUUGCUAUUAAAAGCCAUAUAAAGGCAAUGUCUUCUCCAUUGAAGGUGAAGAAUGACUUACCGAAGAUAAACCAGGAUAAGAGCAAGACCUCUCAUAAGAAGAUGCCGAAGCCAAAAGUGAAGACUUAUAAAGAGGAUUCCAUUUUAGAAAUGAAGCCAACUGGGCUUGAGAAUAACUUGGAAGGAAUCAGCCAUACAGGCCUGAUGAUUGAGAAUAGGUAUGACAGGGUUGAUCUGAUUAAUACAAGCCAGUCUGCAUCGAAAAAUACACCUGAUAUAGCGACCAAUGAAAUUUCAGAAUAUUCUAACUUCUCCAAUGACUCUUACAAUAUAAACUCAAAUUACACUGCAAGAGACUUUGCAAAGCCUACUAUGGUGGGAAAGAUGUCCCAGGUGACCAAACUACAAAAGUUUAAAAGCUCCAAGAGCAAUAAAGCUUCUAAAAUUUCAACAAUAAAUACUAAUUUCACAGUUGAGAGCAAUAAGACUGGAUCAGGGAACUAUGACUUACGUUCAAAAGACCUAAUGAAUUAUUACUACAACAACAAAACGAAUUCGAGCUGUAUGAAGGACCCACGAAUUGCCUACGAGGGUGAGAGCACCCAGCUACCUCCGUUAGGGCACACCACUUCUUCAAGGGCAGAGGAGAACACCUUGAAGGAUUUCUCCAGUUCAGGGAUAGACUAUCACGCUACUAGUGAGAUAUACAAAGGGCUGUCUCAGCAUAAAUAAGAAUAGCCACAAGAACACUUAUUUCAAUAAAAUUGAUAUCCAGAAGCCUAAGCCAGAGGAGACUAAGAAGAAGAAAAAGAAGAGAAAUAAGUCCAGAAAGAUAGUAGCGAAGCAUAGGUCACGGUACUCUUCUACUGUCAAGAACUUCUCCAAUGGCAUCAGAAAAUAACAGUAUUUCACCACUGAACGAGGUAGAGAAGAAUAAUAGGACAGAAACUUCUUCUAAGAAUAUUCCUUAUAUAAAUGAAACACAGGAAGCCUCUGUUACUGAUUCAAUCAAGCUGCAGUUUGUCAAACUACAAAAGUUUGGGUUCCCCAUUGAGCCGGUUAACUCAGCUGGAUAUCUGGGGACCAGGGAUUAUUCUAAUGUCUCACAUAUUUCGUAUAAGGAUGAAAUAGACCGUAGUUAUAAUGCUUUUACAGAGAAUCAAAAAGCCCACAGUAUUAAGCAAAAGAUUAAAUCAAACCAAGGCAUUCGUAACCCAGAUAUGAUGGGGAGAGCUAGGUCAAUAAGACCCCUACCUCAUUUGAACAAGACUAGGCCUGAUGCAAGCAAUAACAUAAAUUUGGCAAUUAAUGAGGGGAAUAACUCGAUCGUGCUUACUAAUUACAAACUUCCGAGAGGGCCUUAUCAGUCAAAGAGUGUGGCACGAGUCAAGAGAUAGC